CUUCUGUUUCACACCCCCUGUCUAUCUUCACGAACACUUCUGCAAACCUCAAGACAGAAAAGACGGCGCAUCAGACAAAUCACACAGAUCGUGCAAGAAACUAUUUUCCAAAUUAGGUGUUUACAUAUUUGAUCUCCUUUUAGCAUUUCUUGGUUCUUUAGGGUAUCCAAUCAUUGUAGCCGUUUUUUUAUGCAUAUAUGUCCUUUUCAAUUUCGCAUUAGGUUUUGUUGUUCCCCAAACCAGUUUUUGUAAACAAUGUUAUCUAAAAGUUAUCGAAUUCAUUUUCGGGACUAUUAUAAGAUUGAUAACUUUGGUGGUUAUGGUCUUUUUCACUGGGUCGAUUCUUAUAUUUCUUCUCUCUAUAACUGUUGGGUUGAUUCUAAAUGGGGCGUUCUUCAAUCCUUUCAUUGCUCCCAUUGUCACUCUGAUAGUUUUUUUUUGGAAAAAUUGGAAGUUCUCGGUUGAAGCACGAUGCUUGCAACUUAAAACGUUAAUCAUUGAAGUUUGCGAGGAUAAAAUGGAGACGACGGGCACGGACGAAACGUUAAUCAUUGAAGUUUGCGAGGAUAAAAUGGAGACGACGGGCACGGACGAAACGUUAAUCAUUGAAGUUUGCGAGGAUAAAAUGGAGACGACGGGCACGGACGAAAGCAAUGCUAUUUCUAACAACGAACCAAAAUCAUCAAAAUGGGACUUUCUAUUCUGGUGGAGACAUUCAUGCAUUGAAGCAAGUCGUUGCUCAGAUAGCAAUAAAGGUCAAGAAAAUGGCAAAAAUGAUGAAAACAAUUACAAUGGAGAUAAAUUACUGGCUAUCAAAUUUGAAGAAAAACUGCGAGGAUUCAGGGAUUAUGGAGAGCGUUCAGCACUCAGCGCUAUUGUUGCGAUCUUACUCGUUCUUUUGACAAUUUACGCUGAUCAUCAUACAGCACGAAGACCGCGGUAA